CCGAGACUGAAAGGUAGGAACACCGAACACACUGGAAGCGAAACCCUAAGCCCGGACCCCAACCCCAACCCCGACCCUCGAGGAAGGCGAUCUCACCGGACCGGAGAUGGCGGCGUCGUCGUCGGUGGAGAAGCUCAAGGCCCUCUGGGACUCGCAGGUCAACGACGAGGAGCAGUGGGCGCUCAACUAUAAGCUGCUGAAGGCUGCUGGUCUGUUUGCGGGAUCCAUCUUCCUGAUGCGGAACUUUGGUGAUCUGAUGGCCAUUUAAGCAGGCUUAGUGUUGUUUAGAAGCAUAGUGGUUUGGCAGUCAAUAUCGUGGGAUUGUGCCCCUGUGGAGUUACUCUACUUGGAUUCUAUGAGUUUGUUUUGGUGUUCCAAGAAUUCAUACUAUGCAUAAAGAGGACGAUCUGGUCAUUAGCCUCUUGGCCAUUGCAAACUCAGGCCGUCAGGCGUGAUGUAGCAAUAGAAAUUAGAUCUUGCUUUAAUGUGGCCCUGUAUCAUGAAUAUUUUGGAAUGAUGGUAUCUACCUCCAUAUUUUUCACCUAUUAAAAUUUAAGAGCAAGAUGUCGCAGAGGCUA